AUGUUAGCACUUAUUACAAACAUCACAUUUGGUGGUCAAACUGCCGGGCUGUUUUCACACCAGCUUUUGAAGAUAGGGAAUGGGAAACUACCAUAUGUCAACCAAAUGCUGCAACACCAACUACCCUGUGGUGAGAGGGUACCAACUCUCAAUGAUCUCAUAAUGUAUAUGCUCCCAAACAUUGCACAAAACUUUAGCAACAGUCAAUGGCUCUGUGAGCGAGCCAUGUUAGCUCCACGUAAUGAUGCUAUCAACAAAAUCAACUGGAAUCUCUUGCAGCUGUUUCCAGGACAGGAACAGUCUUUCAAAUUCAUCGACACUGUCAUUGAUCAGGACCAGGCUGUAGUUUUUCCAACCGAGUUCCUAAACUCUCCACAGCCAUCUGGGGUGCCACCUCACCACUUAACACUUAAAAAGGGGGCCCCAAUCAUGCUGCUCAGAAAUCUCGAUCUAGAAGCGAUGAUUAUAACCAUGUCCUAG